AUAAAACCCUAACUCAUUUCUCUACUUCGUCCGCGCUCUCUCCCGUGCAAUCGGUCUACGUAAUUCUGCAGCUUCAAUGUUGAUUGGUUGAACAAUCUAGUGGAACAUUGAGUUUCCUAACAAUCCUGUCUCUCAAAAUUAGGAACAAGGUAGAGACCUCCGAAAUCAGUAGAGUUUUUCUAGUCGCAAAUAUUUUAUAAAAAUGACCGAUGCCUUUGAUGAUGAAGCUGAGCAGUCAGUUACAAUCCACGAAUAUCUUAAGGAAGUUGAGGACCGGGAGCUUGAAGCUGAUUUAGUUCUAGGGGGCGAUGAUGGCAAGGAGUGUACCUAUAACAGUGGCUAUAUGAAAAGGCAAGCAAUUUUCUCUUGUCUCACCUGCACCCCCGAUGGGAAUGCUGGAGUUUGCACUGCUUGCUCAUUGGCUUGCCAUGAUGGCCAUCAGGUCGUGGAACUGUGGACAAAAAGAAACUUCAGGUGUGAUUGUGGAAAUUCGAAGUUUGGGGAGUUCUAUUGCAAGCUUUUUGCCAACAAGGAUGUUGAAAAUGUUGAGAAUGCAUACAAUCACAACUUCAAAGGUUCAUAUUGCACCUGUGGUCGGCCUUAUCCGGAUCCAGAUGCUGUAGAACAAGAAGAGAUGAUCCAGUGCUGUUUAUGCGAGGAUUGGUUUCAUGAGGAGCAUCUUGGCCUAGAGUCUUCUGAUGAGAUACCAAGAGAUGAUGAAGGAGAGCCUCUGUAUGAGGACUUCAUAUGUAGAGCCUGCUCUGAAGUAUGUUCCUUUUUAAGAUUGUAUCCUGAAGCAAUAUGGGCUGCAGGAAAGCAGCAAGAUGCUGAUAUUAAAGGUAAUGAGGGUAAAGUUGCGUCAGAAGGUAUGCCUUCAACUCGCGGAUCUGAAAAAUCAACAAGUGAUGCCUGCUCUCAUAGUUCCCCUGAAACUGAGGAUUUAAAAGUUAAAGCCCAUGAAACUGGGGAUUCAGAAGUUAAAGCCCCUGAAAUUGAGGAUUCAAAAGUUAAAGCUGAUUCUGAAUCUGUCGCUGGAGGGAAGGAUCCACUUCAGAGAGAAAAUUGUGCUAUCAGUGCAGAUUUAAAUCCAGGCACUAAAGACAACAAUCUGCAUACCAAUUGUGUCCUUGGUGUUGACAUUGCUGAUGCUCCUCCAAGUACAGAUAGUAAACCAAUGUUCCUUUGUAAAAAUUGGAGAGAUGCUUUAUGCAAAUGUGAGAAGUGUCUGGAGUAUUACAAUCAGAAGAAGAUUGCUUUUCUGGCAGACAAAGAAGACUCAAUUGUGGAGUAUGAGAAAAUAGGAAAGCAAAAGAGGGAAGAAAAGUUGCAGCAGCAGGAGGGUGCUGAGUUGAAUUUUUUCAAUAAACUUGGGCACGUAGAGAAAGUUGAGAUCUUGAAGGGCAUUGAGGAAAUGAAGGACGGGCUUCGUGCUUUUCUGGACUCUGCAGACUCGUCAAAGCCAAUCACUGCUGCUGAUAUUCACCAGUUUUUUGAUGACAUAAAGAACAAGCGUCGUCGUGUAGAGUGAGUUCUGGCAUGUUCUUCUUGUCUUUGCAUCUUUAAGACGUGGUAAUCUUAAUCUUCAGACUUGAAUAUGGAGUUGGUUUGUGCUAGCUGAAGUUUACUAAGCCUGCGAGCUUUAUGAUCUUUAAAUUAGAGUAUUCUGAGUUGUAUGACACACUCUCUUAAAAAUAGACUGUGUAUUCACGUUUCUGGAAGUUAAAUCGGGCUUACCGUGUUCUGCUGCUGCA